CUCUUCUCUGCACACAACUUCUUCCUCAUUCAUUCAGUCCUUAUUUACAUCUCUCUCUCUGAGAAGCUUUUAAUUUGUAGAGUAUAAUGGAUUUCCAAAAUCAGUAUCAGCAGGCUGAUCAGAUGCCAAAAUAUGAGUGUCUUCUCUUUGAUCUAGAUGAUACCCUUUAUCCCUUGAGUUCUGGAAUGUCUAAACAAUGCACCAAGAAUAUUGAAGAAUACAUGGUUCAAAAACUAGGCAUAGCGGAAACAACAGUCACUCAGCUUAAUCAACUGUUAUACAAGAAUUAUGGGACAUCAAUGGCUGGUCUAAGGGCCAUUGGUUAUAACUUUGACAAUGAUGACUACCAUAGUUUUGUUCAUGGAAGAUUGCCCUAUGAGGUACUAAGACCUGACCAUGUCCUUAGGACUCUUCUGCUGAGCCUGCCGUAUCGAAAACUCAUUUUCUCAAAUGGGGACAAGUUCCAUGUGGCAAAAACUCUUAGCAAGCUUGGAUUGAAGGACUGUUUUGAAGGAGUUGUAUGUUUUGAGACUCUGAAUCCCAUCAUUGAUAAUGAAGACUCAAAGUCCACAGGCUGCAGAAAGGUUUUUGACCAUUCUUGUUUAUUUGAUGCUGGAUCAGCACUUCCAGUGACUCCAGUUGUUUGCAAACCAUUUGCGAAUGCAUAUGAACAAGCAUUACAGAAAGCCAAUAUUAACCCUCGAAGAACUCUCUUCUUUGAUGAUAGCAUCCGCAACAUACAGGCUGGAAAGGAUAUGGGUCUUCAUACUGUAUUGGUGGGCACUUCCAACAGAACAAAGGGUGUGGAUUAUGCAAUAGAGAGCAUCCACAAUAUCAGAGAAGCACUGCCAGAGCUUUGGGAAAUCAAUAAUAAGAAAGACAUAAGCAGAAGCUUUUCUGGUAAGCUGGCAAUGGAGACAUCAGUGACUGCCUAACUAUAUAUAGCUUCAAAGUCCUUUGAGUAAAACAAGCAGCAUGCAGGCCAGAAGUCGGAGAAAAUCUUAAGUGUAACCAGUUUGUAUACAAUCAUGUGUUUAUCGCUCUAAAUCUUUUCCUCCAACAAUUGGGUUAGUAUAUAUAUUUACAUGUUUAUUCUAAUAAAUGUAUGAUCAA